UAAAUGAAUUGAUGUUUCGGUAAACGAUUUUAAAUUCAAUAAAAUUGAUUAUUAAAGAAAAUUUAAUUUACAUGCGACCAAUCAAUGGCUCCGUUGGAUAUAUUUAUGAAAUUGGCAUUUCUCAAGGUUCUUCAGUCGAGAUGAUAUCAGCAGCAGCAACAAUAACCACAAGUACAUGGGCAACAUUGACAAAGGUUACAACAGGUCAUCAAUAGCCAGAAUAAAAUUAAACAAAUAACAAAAAUACCAAUGGCUGUUGAUAUAGUUAUCAAUGGUUCCAUGAUCAAUAUCAAAUUCUUGGACAAUGUUGAUUGAUCAAACACCAGUUAGAUAUUGUUAAUUCUGAACCUUUUUAGCUCGGUUUAAAAAGAUCUGAUUGUCGAGCAUGAAAACUUAUCGAAUCAAUAAUAAUUCAGUAAAUCAUUUACAGAAAUGUGUGGUAAAUUCUGGUCAAUAAACGAAAUGAAAACGUUGAUGAACGAAUCCUAAACGUUGUAUGAAACUCAAAAUAGAGUGAAAUCAAUUUUAAAUGAAUGGUCAACGACAUACUGACGAUAAUAAACCUGUUUAUGUGGAUAUGUGGAUAGUAGUAGUAGUUAGACUAUGUAGCUCUAUGAAUUAAACUAAAUUCCAUUGAGACCAAACAAAAACAUAAAGUAACGUUCGCACCAACAGUUGAAAAGAACUUUAAUCGAAACGAAUCAAAGGUUAAACAACAAGUGUGUUUCGUGUCUUUCGUGUCAGAGUUUAUAUACAUGUCGUGUCCUUUGUGUGUCAUUAAUAGUAGUGAUGGUGUUGUGUAGUGUGAGUGGUGGUUGUCGCAUACUAUUUCAAAUAAUUAUCACAAAAAAUGCUAUAGCUAGGUAUACAACGGUUUCAAUAUUGUCAUCCUAAUCUAAUCUAAUUCAUUAUGACGUUUGUCACCAUUUAAUACCAUGUAACGAAAGUUUGAAAAUAUACACCUUUUCUCAAUGUUUCAGUAAAGCAAGGUGUUGAAUUGAAAAAAUUGUUACAAUUGUAGUUAUCCAUAUAAUUGGAUUGGAAAACAAUUUUGUGCUAGGGGUCGAUAAUGGUAUUCAUCGAUAAAGAAUAACAAAAAGCAAGGUCGAUCGAUCGAUCGAUCUUUAUUUUCAAAUCAUUGAAUGUAUAACAAUAAAUUAAAUUUUGUACAUUCAAGUCAGUCAAUGAAAUGAUCAUCUAAUGAGCACACAUCGAUCAUGAUGAAUGAUGAAUUCGGAAAAGCAAACCUUAUCGAUUGGAUGUGUUAUUAUUUCGGAAAUAUAGGCACACCAACCAAACCGGUAGAUCUACGGCAAUGGCCAUCAAUAGUGAAUAAUUUCUGGAAUCUGAUUCUAUUCAUCGUAGUCAUCUAUUCCAUAUGCACACGUCAGAAUCUGAAAUACCUGAAUUACAACAAUUCCGAUUUGGGGAACGCAUUCCUAAGAUUCAUAUAUCAAAGUUAUGAUUAUGCCUACGAACUGGCUUAUGUUAUACAAGCACUUUAUCUCUUUUAUUAUGGGCCAUGUUUGGUUCGCCUUUUAAGGGAUAAAAUGUUAAUUCAGGUGUACGAAUCACAAUCAUAUACAGGAUUAUGUAUUGUGGCUACCACAGUGAUCACUUUGAACCAUAUCACCUAUGUGCUCUUUUAUUGGCCACUAUUGAUAAAAUGUUUGACCAAUGGCUACCUAUUGCAGAUAAUUGGCUACUUUGUAAUACAUUCGAAUAUUUAUCUUUACCUUUUGGUCUUUCAUUAUGUCAAACGAGCUACCCACAUUCAGUUGUCCAGAAUUCUUUAUAAUUUGAGGCACUUAUCGUCGUUUAAUCAUGAUGCAGAUCGAUUGAUCAUGUCGUUACGAUCUUUGGCAUUGAUCAAUCAUCAAUUGAAUGGCUUGUUUUCAUGGUCAUUCCUCAUGUUCAGUACUUGUACUGCAUUAGAUUUCAUAGUUACCAUAGCGAAUCUGGUGAAAAGAUCGGAAGCGAUGCUAACAAAUUGUUCUUUCUUCCUUUGUAUCCUUACUUAUUGGUUAUAUUUAUUUUGGAUUGACUCACAUAUCCAACAGAUGACUCAAUUGAUGCGACAAACAAUUUCUCAAAUGUUAUCAAAACAUCGAGCGUUGAACCAGCACGGCCAAAAAGUUCGCAUAAAAUUGAUCGAAAUGGAGGUCUAUUUUGAAUUUUUACCAACCAAUGCUCUUGAUAUUUGCAAGCUGGAUCUUCAAUUCUUGCUUGAUAUAUUUUGUUUUGUAAUGAAUUAUACUCUGUUGAUAGGUCAAACACAAUGAUCAGAAUGGCAAAACUGUACGUUUUUUGUUUCCAUGUAAAAUUUCGUUGAUAAACGUAAACGCAACGCGUCAAUUUUGAAAUCAAUGCACAAUUCCUGACUAUUGACAGAAUUCGAACGUAAUCUUAUUUGAUUUCAACAGUGCGCCAUCUAUUGAUCGUCAUAUGAAACAAAUAAACAGCUUGAAAUAUAUUCGACAAUCAAUUCCGAUGUCAAUGUAAUCCAUAUAUUUGCUAUGCCAAAUGUUUGUAUAUCAACGAAACAAUUGAUCAAUCGGAAAUACAUGUUUUGUUCCAUAAAUGUAGCUCAGUCUAAUUGCGGACAAUUCAUUUCGAUAUAAAUCAAAUGUGGCCAGUUGAAAUGGAGUUAUGUUUGAUUUUUGGAAACUCUUUGCUUUCAUUUGACAAGAAUAAUGUUGUUUUGUCCUUGAAUCCAAUGUAUGUGUUUGGUAUAAGCAGAUCGAUCAGACAAGCGAAAUCAAUUGGCGUACAAUGCACAAUACAUAUCUAAAUAGCACUGUUACAAGUGAACAGAUGAAAUUUGAAUCCAAUGAGAAAUGGUACUCUAAACCUGUGUUCUCCUCAGUGGUAGCGGCAUUACUUUCAGGUGUUAAAUGCAUCGAUUCUCACUGACUCAUACCACUAUUAGUUGUGUAUCACGCCAAACAAACGAACAUGCAAAGGAUAAUUUGUGAGAAUACACACAUCAGCAACCAGUGUAUAUUCUGGUGUAUAUUUUCCGCUGUUUGGCCCAUUGGUUUUUCUCUUGGUUUGGCCUUGGUACCAAAAUUAUUUCUUUGAAUCUGGUCAUUAUUCAUUGAUGAUAAUGACCAGACUGUGAAUUGUAAAGAAUGAAGAAAUCUAAACCCUUUGUUAUAAAAAUAAAAAAAGAUUCUAUUUUGUUUAUUCAUUA